GGUCUCCCACAUACAAAUGUUUAGUCAGAUAAACACAACGAAGAAAUAACGAGGAUCAUCGAAAAAUAUAACAGACAAAAUUCCAUUAAUCCUCAUUUGACCAAUUAAACCUAGCAAAUUAUGCCGUCCCCGUCUGCAAGCCGUCUCCUAAAUUCAAUCAACACAUUUAUAAAGACUCAUUCAUUAAUGUGCUAACCUGCCAAUCGCCCAUCCCCUUAAUUUAUUUUACACACUUUAUUUAUUUAUACUAGUACUUCUUUCUUUAUGUUUUUUCUCAUCACUUUAUAUACUUUCUUUAUUACACCCUUCAUGAUUUCAUCCACCCUUUCAUCAUCAUUUUCCCCCCUUUGAUCAAUUCCCUUUCCAUCAUUUUACUUCAUCCCACUGUUUGAUUUAAUUUAAUCAUGUUUUUCUAUUUGGUUGCAAUAAUUGCAUCAUGUUUCUUUGUGAAGCUUGUGUUGAAAACUUCUUUAGUGCAAAUUGUGAAGAAAUGGUGGCGAUUUUUGGAAGACAGUUGCUAUGUGUAUCAGUUCUACAGAGUCCCACAAUUCAACCACAACAUGCAAGAAAAUCAAUUGCAUCGAAAAGUUUAUACUUAUCUGAAUUCUCUCCCCUGUAUUGAAGAUUCUGAUUUCACCAACCUUUUCUCAGGCGACAAAACCAAUGAAAUCAACCUCGUUUUAGAUUCCAACCAGGUUGUCGUUGACAAUUUCCUCAGCGCUAGAGUUUUUUGGAUCAAUGAAAAGGAUGUUAGCACGGCCAAUAAGUCGCUUGUUAUGAAGAUUAGGAAAAAAGAUAAGCGAAGAAUUCUUCAACCUUAUCUUCAGCAUAUACACUCUGUGUUCGAUGAAAUUGAACAGAGAAAAAAGGAGGUGAGAUUAUUCGUCAAUGUAGAUAACGAACCUCAGAGAAAUGGACGGUGGAGAUCAGUCCCGUUUACACAUCCAGCAACUUUUGACACGAUAGUUAUGGACACAGAUCUCAAAAACAAGGUCAAAUCAGAUUUGGAAACUUUCCUAAAAUCAAAACAGUAUUAUCACCGUCUAGGUAAAGUUUGGAAACGGAGUUAUCUUCUCCACGGACCUUCCGGUACAGGAAAAUCAACAUUCAUUGCUGGAAUAGCAAAUAUGUUGAAUUAUGACGUGUACGAUGUUGAUUUGUCCAAAGUUACAGAUGAUUCUGAUCUGAAAUUACUUCUGUUACAAACCACGUGUAAGUCGUUAGUUGUUAUCGAAGAUCUCGACAGUUACCUUGGUGAAAAAUCAACGGUUCCUAGUAUGUCUGGAAUUCUCAACUUUAUGGAUGGAAUAUUCUCGUGUUGUGCGGAAGAGCGUAUUAUGAUAUUCACAAUCAACAAUAAAGAUCAAAUUGAUCCAACGGUUCUUAGACCAGGAAGAAUUGAUGUUCACAUACACUUCCCUUUAUGUGAUUUCAAUGCUUUUAAAAGCCUAGCGAAUAGUCAUUUGGGUCUAAAAGAUCAUAAGUUAUUCCCACACGUGGAAGAGAUUUUUCAAACCGGGUCGGGUCUUAGCCCUGCUGAGGUUAGUGAGAUUAUGAUAUCGAACCGGAGUUCCCCGACCCGGGCAUUGAAAAUGGUUAUUUCUGCUUUGCAAACUAACACCGAGUCAAGGGCCGCCACCCGGAAUGCAAGGCGGUUGAGUGAAAGCGGGUCGGUUCGAACCGUGGAGGAAACGGGUGGUGAUUCGGGUAUUUUUUGCAAGGAAAGUGUGAGGGAGUUCAAGAAGCUAUAUGGACUUUUACGAAUAAGGAGUAGUAGAAAAGAUUCUUCCUACGAGUUUGAUCCAUCGGACAAGGAUAAUUCAAGGCAUGAUAAUUAACAUUAUGUUUGUUUGGGUUAGUAAUGGACCUUACUUGCAUAAUCAUUUAUUUAGUUAGCUUAAUUUCAAAGUUGAUAUUUCUAGCUAGUGAGUGAUUUUUAGUUGAUUUAACAUAAAGAUUGUAGUUAGAAUUCAUUAUCUCUUAUUGAUUAUCUCAAUCAUUCAUUUA